AUGGCAGUGUGCUUUAAAGAUAAAGAGGGUGUCUUAGGGGAGGCUCAUCCACACUAUGCUGACACCAUCUAUCAUCUGGGAACAGUGCUGUAUCUUCAGGGGAAAUACAAGGAUUCAGAGGCUCUGGUUCACGAUUCUAUUUGGAUUUUGGAGUAUGGAAGUCAAGGUGAAUCAAUGAUUUGUACCAAGAGGAUGCGUCAACUAGCUGAGGUUGUGCUUUGUUGCAUCUGUACCAAGGGGGGAACUUCUUUAGAAGCAAUAAUUGCAGCUGAACGCCUGGCGUUGACCCUUCAGUCUUUAGGAAACUUGAAAGAAGCUGAAGAGCUUUUAGAGAGUGUGGAUUGGAAAAACCUGGUGCCUUCCACGAAGGAGAAAGGAAAUGAACAGUCUUAUGGAGCAUCUCUGACAACAGUAAUGAGCAGGCAAUCAGCACUGGCAUCUAAAGAAAUUCCCAGAAGUUUGAGAAUGUGUUCAUCUCUUUCUGCCUUUGUGCAAUCACUUAAUGCUCUUUCAUUGUUGGAGAUGACAAAGUUGGAGCUUGGAGAAUCAAAGGGUCCUUAUAACUCUGAGGCUGAGAGUGCUCUUCGUGAAUGCCUUUCUGCAUAUAAGAAGUUUGUUACUGAGAAGUCAUUGUCUGAUGCUCCUGGAGUAAAAGCUGAAUACCUCUUGUGCCUGAAGCAUCUAGUUGACCUGAUAAGCGAUAACAAAACCUCAAGCGCAGAUCAAUCUGGGAAGGCUGGUUUAAAGGAGUUGAAAGAUGAAAUUAAGCGCGUAGAAGUUGAACUCUCGACAAAAGGAAGGCGUAGAAGUUAG